UAUGAAAAUUGUCGUGGCUACCUCUCCCUAAUCAGCGGUAUGCCCACUCCUUCGUCCUGGCCACGCACCUACCUCAACUGGAAGCGGGUGCUGCUGCUCUCGCUGAACUGCAUCUACUUUAUGCUGUUGGUGAAGUUCAGCCAAAAGACCCUGGAGAUGGCGGCCAACAGUCGGCUGGUCGAAAGGCAGAGGCGAAAUAUACAAGAGGAAUUGCCAAGAAGAGGUGAAGCACUCACUUGAUGGCCACAUGACGAUUCCUAUAUGUCCCAUUUGCUGGAGCGGAGAAGCCGAUGAAUAAACGACAGUUGGCGAAUGUCUGUGCGCUGUCUUAAUACGUUUUUAUUAGCCAAGAGAUUCGCGUCGGGCUGUCGGCCAGAGUAAUUAGACUCCAUUAGUGGGCUGGCAGACGUCGCAGCGUUUCUUCCGAAGGCAGUACUACAGAAAUUUAUGCAAAGUGCUUACGAGCCAUGUGCCACUCCAGAUCUAUCUCCAUCUACAGCUAUACCCAUUCCCGUAUCCGUAGCCACAUGUUGGCGCUCAUAAUUUUUACGCCAUUAGACAACUUUGUGCAUAAACUCAUUAAAAUGUACUUGAAUCCCUCGAAACGAAAUGGAGAUGGCACUGCUGAAGCUGCUGGAUCUGGAGCUGUGAUGGCGUCGCGUUUGGCUAAUUUGUCGAGCAGCGUCAAAUGACAAGGAACAGGCAACAGUCUGAUUCCCCGCCUGCCUUCUACUACUACUCUACUUCCCCUUCAGAAUUCAUAGACAUGUGGCGCGAUUUGACAGUUUGAGGCGCAACAAGAUGGAUUGACUCGCAAAGAGAUGCUGGGUUAGCCGGCAUGAAGUGGAGUGUGUUUGGUGUGGAUGGAAAUGGCAAUGUCAGUGCAGACAUUACGCAAUUUGAGACAACUCAAGCAAACACUCGAGUGUGGUGGCCUGCCUCUGGGAUGAUUAUGAUUACGAUUAUGGUCCCGAUGAGUUUGUCGCUGUCUUGCUCUCUUGAAUAUUCCUGCCAAACAUAAUGAAGACGCUAGACAGGCGCUGGGGUCGUCACGCACCGUUCGGCUGCAAUCCAGCCAGGUCUUGGAUAGUUUGGAAAGUGUGUGGCCCAGAAGAGUCUGAGCGGGAACUAA